UAUCUUCAAACCUAAGCUGUUCAGCUGCAGUAUGUCAAAAGAGCGAAGAAAGGACUCUCUGUCUGAGAUGAGUCUCUCAGAGAAACAGAGUGUAAGAUCAGGCUCGCAUGUGUUCAGCUCUGUGUUUGUGAAGAGUGACUGUUCAAAAAGUCUUGGACCAAACUUAAGAGACAAAAAAACAUCAUCCAAAAAAAGGCUUCAGUUUGAAACAUUAGAUUCAGAUUUCCAGACUUACAGGGACCACAGCAAUGUCAAUGAUCUCCUAUGGAUCUUCCAGGUAAGAAAACACAUUUACAUUAUUUGUUUCAUAUUUAUAAGAAACAAAUAUAAUGUGAAGAAGUUAGGACACCCUAUUGAAUUACAUGGUUUCCCAUAUCAUGACAUAAUGAAAAAUGUAUCGGUACUUGUCAAGUCUUGAAAUUAGGAACAUAGGAAAUAAGAGGCUAAGUACUGUAGCAGUCAGAAGAAUCAGAAGAAUCAGAAUCAGAAAGAGCUUUAUUGCCAAGUAUGCUUACGCAUACAAGGAAUUUGUUUUAGUGACAUAAGCUUCCAGUACACAGAGACAACAACUUAUGAGAUACACCUAUGAGAUAAAAUUAAGACUAAAACUUUUCCUUCUGUGUUUAGACAAUCUGGUCUUCAUUCAUCAGCUGAAAUGUGGUUUAAAGAAGAAGUAUCAAUGUGUGUUUGAAGGAAUUGCAAAGCAAGGGGACUCUAUACUUCUGAAUAACAUCUACACAGAUCUCUAUAUCACUCAGGGUUGUAGUGAACAGGUCAAUACUGAACAUGAGAUAAGACAGAUUGAAGUGGCUUCUAGGCGUCAUGAAUCUCAAGAGAUACCGAUUGAGUGCAAAAAUUUGUUUGAAGCACCUGAACAAGACAAGCAGAUCAGAACUGUAAUGACAAAAGGAGUUGCUGGUAUCGGAAAAUCAGUCUCUGUGCAGAAGUUUGUUCUGGAUUGGGCUGAAGAAAAAGAAAAUCAAGAUAUCAGCUUCAUAUUUCCUCUUCCAUUCAGAGAGAUUAACUUAAUGGAAAAAGAAAAACAAAGUUUGACAGACCUUGUAAAUCAGUUUUUCCCAGAAAUAAAAGGAUUGAACCUUACAAGAAGAAAUAAUUUUAAAGUCAUGUUCAUCCUUGAUGGAUUGGAUGAAUGUCGACUUCCUCUGAACUUCGAUGGUAAUGAAACACGGUGUGAUGUAUCAUCACCAGCCUCUCUAGAUGUUCUCCUAACAAACCUCAUCAAGGGAAAUCUACUUCCUUCUGCUCUCAUCUGGAUCACCACCAGACCAGCAGCUGCCAGUAAGAUUCCUCCUGACUGUAUCGAUCGGCUGACAGAGAUACGAGGAUUCAAUGAUGCACAAAAGGAGGAGUAUUUCAAAAAAAGAUUCUUAGAUGACAAUCUGUCAAAAGAAAUACUUAAUCAUGUAAAAAAAUCAAAGAGUCUAUUUAUCAUGUGCCACAUCCCAGUCUUCUGCUGGAUUUCAUCCACUGUUCUCCAGAACAUUUUGGAAAUUAAAACAGAUAAUAAUCAGCAAAUCAAUCAGGCUGAUGACGCCUCCAAAACACUGCAGGAAUCAAACACUAUAGACACUCCUAAGACUCUGACACAAAUGUACACACACUUUCUCCGCUUUCAGAUCCAGCAGAGCAGACGAAAAUAUGAUGGACAAUACACACCAAAUGUUUCCUGGGAUAAAGAAGCCAUGCUUUCACUGGGGAAACUGGCAUUUGAUCAGCUGGAAAGAAACAACUUGAUCUUCUAUGACACAGAUCUGGAAGCCUGUGGUAUUGAUGUCUACAUGGCAUCAGUGUAUUCAGGCAUGUGUACCCAGAUCUUUAAGGAGGAAACAGGGAUCAUUCUUGGUACCAUGUACUGCUUUGUUCACUUGAGCAUUCAAGAGUUUAUUGCAGCCCUUUAUGCACAUCUGUUUCUAGACAUACACAAUAAAAGUGUGUUUGUUCAUGAGUCUAUAGAACAGAAAACAACUGAAACCAUGAUUGAUUUGCUCAAGACUGCAGUGGACAAGGCACUUGAGAGUGACAGCGGACACCUGGACCUUUUCCUUCGCUUCCUUCUCGGUCUGUCACUCCAGUCCAAUAGACUUCUCUUAGGAGGACUGUUGACACAGGAAGGCUGCAAUGAUCAGAUCAAAAAGGAAAUAGCCCAAUACAUCAAGCAGAAAUUAGAAGCUAAUCUGUCUCCAGAGAGAUCCAUCAAUCUGUUCUACUGUCUGAAUGAACUGAAUGACCAAACUCUGGUGAAAGAGAUUCAGACUCACCUUAGAGAAGGAAGUCUCUCAUCUGUUGAUCUUUCUCCUGCCCAGUGGUCUGCUGUGGCCUUUGUGUUGUUAACAUCAGAGGAGGAGAUGGAGGAGUUUGAGCUUCAGAAAUUCAAGAAAUCAGACGAGUGUCUCAUUAGAUUAUCAGCAGUCAUCAAAACCUCCAAAAGAGCUCUGUUAAAUGACUGCAGCUUAACAGACAGAAGUUGUUCAGCUCUGGUUGCUGUUCUUGGAUCAGACACCAGUCUGAAAGUGCUGAACAUGAACAAUAAUAAUCUGCAGGAUUCAGGUGUGAAGCUGCUCUGCACUGGACUGAAGAACAUAAUAUGUAAAUUGGAGAUACUAAGUGCAGUUUCACCAAAGAAUGUGGAUUGGUCGAUGUUCUCCAUGUUGCCUGUCUACUUGUGGAGAGAAAUACAGAGAGAAAAACAAGAAAGUCCAUCUGGCGUUUCAUUGGGUCCCCAUGAACUGAUCUGGAUGGCCUUUGAUCACACCAGGUCCUUUAUGUCUAUGUCUGAUGGACCAGUCUACUUUAUCAGGAAUAGUAUCAGUAUAGUCCACUGCUCUGUGGGAAUCUCGCCAGCUUUUCGCAUUAGUGUUGGAUUUCACCAAGGAUCAUGCCUUUUGUCCUUUUUAUUCAUCCUAUGUAUGGAUACGGCAAUGCCAGACAUCCAGUAAACACAUCUUUGGAUGCUCCUGUAUGCUAAUGACGUUCUACUCACAAAUGAAAAGCGUCAGAACCUCAAUGACCAAAUACAACAGUGGAAAGAUCGGCUGAAUAAAAAGGGACUAUGGAUCAAUCUUACAAAGACAGAGUAAAUAGAUUGUGGCCUACAAACUCUAGGUAUCUUCAUAGUAGACUAAUAGAUAGAAAGUCAAGACCUGAAAAAAAAGUGAAGUGCUUUAAAUACCUCGUUUCCACUCACUCAACACAUGGUGACAUCCUUCUCAGACACAUGUGCUCAUGACAUUGUCACCUGGUUAAAUUGGCAGCAAGUUUGUGGAAUGUUGGCCUACAUCCAAUAGCAGUAGGACCUUCCACACUUUGAAGAUGUGUAUGCUCCAGUGGUCGAGAGGGCUGACCUGACUGGACCAGGGUCGAAAUGAGGACAUGAUGAAAGCACUGGGAAAAGAUGAGGCGAUGUGCAGUUGGUACAGCCAUGUCAUCCACAGUGGAAAAAAAUCAGUUGCGGGAUGAACAUUGCAUCUUAGCCCUGAUGGACGGUAUUCACAGGGUGGACCCAAAAAAGAGAUGGAUGGACCGAAUAAAAUAAGACAUGAAACAAACCAUUGCUGCCCUUGAGAAUGCCCUGGCCUGGAAUAAUUGGAAAGCGAUGUACUGAAAUGCAGACACAGUACCAGUCCAGGAUAAAUGGUAGCAGGUAGAUUGGUGUUAUCACGGAAAAAUGCUUGCAAACUAGACCUUCAAACUGCAGUAUUGCGGAGAAGUAUGUUUAAGUGUUUAAAAUGUUGGCUUCAAAAUAGCUGGAAAAUGAAACACAUUUUGAGCACAUUAAUUUAUUCAAUGUUGUCUGAUGGUUUUUCUGUUUUUGCUUCAGUCAGCACCUCUACUUCUGCAGCUGUAAUGGUUCAGUUGUGUAUUUUCAGUAUUGUCUUUUUUUUCAGUCUAAGUAUGUGUGAUCUAACAGAGGAAAGCUGUUCAGCUCUUGCUUCAGUUCUCAGUUCAGACUCCAGCAGUCUGAAGGAUCUUGACCUGAGCAAUAAUAAUCUGCAAGAUUCAGGAGUGAAGUUGCUCUCUGAUGGACUAAAUGAAAAAUGUAAACUGAAGAA